GGAUAUCCCAUCCAGCCGUGCGGACAUCAUCCUCCGCCAUGGUUGACGCGUUGGCCGCAGCCCCGGCGUUUGCGCUGAGUUGGUCUGGUCUCAGCGCGCCGAGCCGCGUUUGGAGCACUUCAACUCAGAGGCAGCGAUCAACGCCGAGCGGCACACUGUGCGCUAUCUCCGCGCUGUGCGCCAUCUCCGUCGUGCGGCCGGCGCGGCGAGGCAGCCUUCGGGCCACCAAGGAUGAUGCUCCCAAGGUGGUUUUAAUGGGGGACUCCAUCCUGGACAACUUUUACUGGCUUCAGACGCCGAAGCGCCACUUGCGAGUUCGGCUGAGAGAGCAGUUGGCGAAUUCGAGAAAUGCCAAGGUGAGGCAGCUGCAGUGCGUGAACCUCGCGGUGGACCAGAUGACCACCUUCGACUUCGCCGAGCGCAAGGCCUCAGACAACCCUUGGGAUGUCUAUGCGAAAGCUCGGCAACAGGUCGAUUUCGAGGACGAUGAGGACAAAGAGUAUGCCGUGGAUAGUGACGGCGUCAUCCGAUCCGUUGAACAUCUCAAGCGGCUCAGCAACGUGCAGUGGGUGGUGCUGUCACUGGGCGGCAACGACGUUUAUCUCAAUCCUUCCGUGAAGAGCAAACUGGUGGGAUCACUGCUACCGCCCAUGGAGGAGCAAAGGAAAGAGGUGGCCGAAGAGUUUGCACAACGCCUGAAGACUGCCGUUGAGCAGGUUCGCAAAGCACAGCCCGGCGCUUCGCUGGUCUUGGUGGUGCCCUACCAGCCCCACGAGGAGUUCUCGCUGCUCAUGGGCGCGCCCAUCAACGACGAGGGCAAGAGGAUUUACGGCGAUAUCCUGGGGGACGGCACCCGGGUGUUCGAGCGCAAGAUACUGCCGGAGUUGGUGAACCCCAUGGUGAUGGAGAUGCUGGCGCUCAGCCGAGAGCUGAAAUGCCCAGUGAUCGACCUCUCACAGACCUUGGAUCCAACCUGCGAGGAGCACUACGGCACGGGGGAGAUUGGGCGGGUGAACGAGUUGGGCGUGCCCUGGAGUGGAGCGGAGCCCAGUGAUGUCUCUUGCGACUUCUUGGCGCGAUUGGUGACGCACGCAGUAACCCAAGGGCCCAAGCCUGCAGUGUACCGGGGCCGGCCGCGGCAAGAGGAGCGAGGAUGGACUAUGACCAUCAGGGAGGAGAAGAAUGAUUGGAUCUUUGCAAAAGAUUACCGCUUUGGCGGGAAGCCGGCGAUGAGGAAGAAGCAAGGAGACGGAGGGGCCCCGCCAAUGUUUAAGCUGGGAGCUCUUGACUCCUUUCUGCUGGGCGCCGGGGUGGUGAUCCUCGUGAAUGUGGUGCUCAUUGCGCAAGGCAACAGCCCCCUGGGCUUCGACCGCACGGAGUUCGAGCAACGCCUCGAGGUCCAGGGCUUCAAGGCCAAGUCUGGCUGACAAGAGAUGGCUCUGAGCGAGCGGGCGAUGUCGGGGAGGUCGCGAAAGAGCAACUAUCACUUUCUAAAGUUUCUAAAAAGCCCGGGUGCUCAGUGGCACACUCCUCAG